AUGUUAAUGCUCGAUAUCUUGGAAGUUGUCAUGAUAGUUUUAUCUGGAAUCAUUGCAAUGUUUUGCCAGUUAUGCAAACUUUACAUGCACGAGGGCAUGAUAAUUUUUAUUUGAUAGGUGAUUCAGGUUACGCACUAAGACCAUGGCUUCUAACUCCACUGAAUGAUGUUCAACCGGCUACUCCAGAAGAACGUUAUAAUCAAUGUUUUAAAAGAACAUGCUCAAUUAUUGAAAGAUGCAACGGAUUAUUAAAAAUGCGCUUUCGUUGCUUGUUGAAACACCGUGUACUUCAUUAUACUCCAAACGUGGCUUCUAAAAUUAUAAAUUCAUGUGUAGUUCUGCACAAUAUGUGUGUAGAAAAUAAUUUACCUCUUCCAGAUGAUGAUUAUGAUUUACAUAUGGAUUUUGGUAUGUUGAAUGAGAGACCAAUGGAAGUUGAAGCUGCUGUGGGGCGUUUAAAUCCUGAUCUUACAAAAGCAAGAGUAAUGCAACGCCGUAUAAUUAGAAAUUUUUUCUUAAAUUAGAUAUAAAUCUAUCAAUAAUGCAAUAAUUAUAUAACAUUUUGUUUAAUUUUAUUUUGUUUAUAAUAAUAUUUUGUACACACAUAUAAUGAACACAUAACACAUAAUACAUUUAAUAUUGCACAACUUAUGUAUUAACAAUUAUCAGUCAUGUGCAGCUUUGGCACAGCAAUUUUGAUCAGUUUAAAAAAAAAUAA